AUGGAAGAUGAUCUCGUAGAAGAUGUCUUUCUCCAAGAGGGCCUGCGCCCGACCAUCGCAGAACAUGCAAUGCAAUGCAACUCGCUCUUCCGCAAAUACAUGGUUCUGCCAGACAUUGUGCCAGAUCCUACUGUCAUGGACGACCAGCUGGCGCGAUUUACACUCUGGACAUCAAACAUGGACGUCUAUGGGCCGCUCAAUGUUUCGUUGGACUACAGGCUCCGAUUCAGUCCCACAGUUGUAGACAUUAUACAUCAGCUCCUAGACGUCAUUUGCGAUACUUUGGCAUCCUUGAAGCCGAUCAACGAACCACCACCACAGACUCCCAGCAGGAAACGACAGCGCGUAUCGGAAUACAGCGAUUCAAAACUCACGAGGAGGGACGACGACGACGCAAGCGAUUCCGACAGCGACGCCGAUCCAGAAGAAGAGAACUUUUCGAAAAUCACCGACACAAUCGGUGGGACAGUGUCACGACUCUUUCGCCUAUCCAACGCCGUACGAAAGUCCGCAAAGACUAACCGAGCUCUGAAAAUCGAAAGAUAUGUAGACGAUAAAGAGGCGAACGAAGCCAUAGAGGAAUUAAGCAACUACACAAAGUGCUACAUUGAAUUCCGGUUUCCUAUGGCGCCUGAAUCCCUUCGCUCAGCAUUGAUCAAAGCCAAUGCGCUCCGACUUCGACGACUGUAUUAUCAGCGAUCCCACCGAAGGCGCAUCGACUUGACUGUUCAGAAUCCUCAGACGAAACCGCCCGAAGUUCAAUUGCCCAAGAUCAGGGAGAGGGCUCCGGCUAUACGUUUUGCUCCAAGUGUGGUACCAAAGUCUACGAUCAACAGAACAUCGGGACAAGGUGGUGCGCCGGUGGUGCCGGUAACGACUGCAACGACUGCUAGACAAACUGAUGUUUUAAUCGCCAAAUCCACAACUGAGGUUCCUCGGGCUAAAUCUGUUCUGGUGAACAACAAAUUGUCGUUUCCUCCAUUACCUCCAACACAAGAGUGUCCAUACUGCGGCGUCAUUAUUGAGUUUAAGAACGCUGCCAAGUCAAUGUUAUGGAACAAUCAUGUCAUCGGAGAUUUGGAACCUUUCAUUUGUGUUUUCCCACAGUGUUUAGAGGCAGGUCAACACAAAACCGGCCCGCUCACAUUCGAAUCCUCAAAAGCGUGGAUCGGCCACAUGCAAAACGCUCACGGGCAUACAUGGGAGUGCAGGGCCCCUUCUCACGCCCCAACCACCUUUGGUCAAGAACUGGACUAUCAGAAGCAUUCAAUCGAAGAGCAUGGCGUGCCUGAAGAACAUGCCGGGAUGCUCAGCAACGCGGCACGAAGACCAGCCCUUAACAAAAUGCUCGAGUGCCCAUUUGGCGACGACUUUCAGCCCCCAGAAAAAGUCGAAUCCAGUGCCGUCUUCUCAAGUGAUGCUCUCCAGCUGCACGUUGCAGGCCAUAUAAAAGAGAUUGCUCUGCUUACAUUGCAAAAACUACCUACCAACGAGGAUGCUAAGAGCAUCAAAAGCGACCUAUCGUCAGAAGAUGAUGGAAAUGGGGUUGGACAUAUUCGCGGAUCCAUGUACGGUUUGCUGGAGGACGAAGAAAUAGACCUUGGAUACGACAACUCUGAGGCCGCAGAUGUCACUGGGGACCGCCGUGAAGCAGAUAUCAGCGCAUCGGUAAAAGGACUCGACUUAGAGGACAAGGACGAGUCGGGCAUGACGAAGCUUCACCACGCAGUGCAGGCCAACGACGCGGGCUUGGUCAAGUCCUUGAUCGACGAAGGCGCGAAUUUGAGCAGCAGAGACAAUAGCGGCCGGACCGCACUGCAUCAUGCUUGCAUGGGACAUUCUCAUGAGUAUACCAUAAUGUUGCUGCUCUUGGGCGCAGGUGGUAAAACCUUUAUAAAUCUAGGAGAUGACAGCGGCCAAACAGUGCUACAUUACGAGGUAGCAUGGGGUAGCCCCGGCGGCGUAGAGAUCUUGAUCCGCCACGGUGCUGAUACAUGCAUCACUGACAAGUAUGGAUUUUCUCCGUUCCUCUGGGCUGUGGCUGUUGGGGGUACAGAAGACAUCACCCCGUUGCUCGACGCAGGCGCCGAUAUCAAUUCAACAAGCAGCGAUGGAAGGUCUGCGCUGGCUUGGGCAGCCGGUCUGGACAGACAUGGAAUUGCUUCGAGGCUUCUGGAGCAAAACGACACCAUGUCCAAGACUCGAGAUUCGCUAGGCGUGCCGCUGAAAGAAGCGGCAGCGUCUGGUCACCUCGACACCGUAAAACUGCUCCUCGAUCAUGGCGGGGAUCCAAAUUAUCGCGAUCGCGAUGGUUGGUCCGCACUGCAUUGGGCGGCAGAGGAGGGCCAUCUUUGGACUGUGACCUUGUUGCUGAACCAGGGGGCCAACGUCAACGCCCUCAGCUCUUAUGGCACGUCACCGUUGCACUGUGCUGCAAACGGAGGAAAUGCUUCUAUUGUGCGCUUGCUUCUUGAAAAUGGAGCCGACCCGCUCAAGUCAACAUGUCACGGUUGGAAUGCACUGCAUCACGCCGUGUUCAGGGGAGAUUCCGAGGUUAUCCAGUUACUCUUACAAGACGACCGCGUGAGAUCCAGUGCUUCUCAGCAGGACAACCAUGGCUGGUCCGUUCUUCAUCUGGCCGUCCAUAACCGAGAUCUGGCUGCUAUCAAUGUUUUGAUGGAUAGCUCUCUCAUUACAGAGCCUCGGGCCCUCUUUGAUGAGAGCGGCCUCACUGCAGAAGAAUGGCUGGACCUUGGGCCGACGAGCCAUCCUUACAAAGCAGUCAGUGACUUGGCUUUCAGCAAGUCACGAUGUUGCAGGGCGGCCACAUGGUUACGACAAGCUGUCGUCAUAGGCAACGUUCCUAUGAUCAGAUUCUUCAUCAAAGAGGGUCAUGAUGUUAAUGGCGAAAAUUCCGGAAGAAGGACUGCGCUCUACUACGCCGCCAGAAAGCGCAUGCUUCCCAUCAUGGAUCUGCUUCUCAAUAGCGGUGCCGAUCCCAACAUCCUCCCCGUGGGCCGCAAAACCUGGGAAGAAUUCAUCUCGGAUAACGAUGUUUUACGACGGCUUCACCGAGCUGGAUACCAAAGACGAGAUACUGACCCUGAGUUGGAGCGCCUGAUAAGACGUGCACUUAGAAAAGGUCAGUUCUCUAUCCCGGAUCGAUCAGUCUCGUUUGCACCGGACGAGUCAAUCACGCCAAUGUCGUGGCGGCCUACCUUCCCUGAGCCAGAACAAUCGUCUUCAUCUGUCCCGGUUUCGUCGGUGCCAUCUGUUCCGGAACCUCCAUUUUCAAGUACGCCGACGAAAUCACCGGCGCCUACACCGCAGACGAAUGACAAUAAGCGUAAAUCGAGGACGGUCCGGUCGCGCGCAACGGGCUUUUGGAAACGGCUGAUAGGAUAG